AUGCCUUCCCCCGAACCCGAAAAAGAUGAGACAGCCCCGGCCCAACCCAAGUCUCCAACUGCCCCGCAGAAGACAUCACCCGCCAGGAGCACCCCCAAUGGUACAGCUAUACGAAAACCGGGUGUCAAGCCGCGGACUCCUGCCAAUGCGCCCAUACACAAGCGACCACCAUCCAAGAAAUCGGAGCCGACAUUGCUUACUGAUUUUCUGCUGGGCAGACCAUCAGCAAGUCGCCAAAGACGAAAAAGUCUUGACGCAGUCAAGGCGGAGAUGCGGGAAAGCACUGUGAAUAGGAUUCAAAAGCCAGGAGGAGUACACGAUCGGGUUAAGCAAUGGCAAAAAGCUAGUGCAGCAGCUGCCAUUGAAGAAGCUGAUGAUCCAGAGUCGGAACUGGAUGAGAUAAUAGUGGAGGUGGAGGAAGAGAGUGUGGUUGGGCCCAGUGUUGUCACCGAGGAUAACAGGCUUCAUGUCAGAAAUCAAAACACUCGACCUGGACGGCGGAAAAAUAGAGACCCUGAAGAUUGGGCCGCAGAAGUAAGGAGCAAAAGUGCGCCCCGAAAAAGAGUUAUAAGCGAUGAUCAUUGGGUGAUGAAUAAGACCAAGACCUCUCCAAAGAAAAAGGAUAUCAAAGUCACAAUGCGAGCUAUACCUAAAGACUUUCUUCAACAGACGGCUGCUAAUCCCAAGUUGGAAAGCAAAAUCGCUGAUUGGGUCAAGCGUACGGAGGCUGAGUCGGGGAAGCAUGGAGCGGCCCAAUCUACUUCACGAGCGGGCAAGAACCCACAGCAAAACCCCCGUGGGGAAAAUAAGGGCAAAAUGAGGGCCAAGUCUUUAGGAGAAAUUAUAGUUGAAAUAGAGGAGGAGGAGGAGGAAGAACCGACCCGGAAACCCUCAAAGAACAGAAUGAAAGUCGAGUCAAGGAGUACCCCAAGCUCGCGAAAGAAUUCGAACAAUGGAUCCAAGGAAAGCCUUGUUAGUUCGUCGAAAGGAAAACACACCCCUAAAUCGGAACCAUCUCGAACUCCAGCGAAUGAUGGCAUUCGAGUCAAGGCAUGUGGACCGAAUGGUCGGUGGGAAGAUGGCAUUAGAGUAAAGCCUGUUCAAGCGAGAUGGAGGGCUCCCGAGGCUAAGAAACAGAGUUCCGGAGGCAACCCUUUUCUCGAUGGUAUCAGCCUGAAACCUACACCUGUUCAUAAGGACGGCAAGCAAACCCCUAUGAAACCAGAGAUCUCAGAUGAGCAUUCUCAUAAGCGUAAAUCAUCAGAGAAGCAUAUCAAGCCACUGAAGGAGACUGAAAGGAAAGAUAUGAACGGUCACUCCGAUGGCGACUUUGACGACACAAAUGCAGAAACUCCCACUCGUCGUUCUCCAAGCUCCCGGAAACAAAGAAGGAAAUCCCGUUCACCAUCUCCAUCGGUUGAUGGGAUUCCCUUUGGCGACUCUGCUUUCAGUACCUUGGAUUUGCCUAUUGGUGCCGAGGCGGGGAACACUGGAAAUAAACCUAAGCCCCAAAGGAAUCCUAGUCACCUAGUGCCCAAAGUUCUCAAGCGCGUCUACAAUGAAGGGAAAAAGAUUAUGCAUGAUACGCAUGAUGCCCCUGAAAUGCCUCCUAGAGGUGGUGUAAAUCGGCCUCCAACAAUUGAGUCUUGGCUCAAUAGUACCCCAGAUCCUUUCCUUGAUGUACCAAGUCCUGUUUCGACUCCAGCAUUAACAGAAGUAUCUACAGAGAUAGAUGGUAGUGAGAGACAUACUCCCACGCCUGACCAAGACCAGAAACAAGCACUUGAAGAAGAGCGCAGAGGAACCGGGAGUAGACAGAAGCGCGUUCGGAAAACUUCAGAUACCAGCUUCAGAGGCCACAACGACAAAUCUCCUCUGGGACGUGUUCUGGAUGAUCCAAUCGAGUUCAAGAAGCCCCCAACUCCACCUGCAGCUGGUCUUAGACGCAGUCCAGCUUUACGUACUGCUUCUCCUCCCGUGAUCAAGGCAGCUAAGAAAUCGCCUUUCAAAGAUGCUUUACUAGAUGCUUUCCGAGGCGAGUCUACAUUUGAGGGUAUCCUAGACGCAGAAGAUGAUGAAUACCACGAGAAAGAAAACCAUGAUGUAGACGAUCUCAAGAAUUCUGGUCGUAGUUUACAAACACCUGAAAAUACCAAUUCUCAGCGUAGUCGCUCUUCUGGUACUCACCUUCAAGUGCCAGACGGACACCGAGACAUUUCCGACAGACCGAGGCGGAAGAGAAGAGGUGGAAGCUCUGGCAACCAUCAUUUAUCAAAAAUUGCAUCUGUGGAAACUUUUAGCACUCUUUCGUCCGUAGACACUUCAUCUAACCUCACUAAAACUACUCUCACUCAAGCCACUACCGAGACCGGGCGGACUGAUUCCAACGUCUCACGCAGGAGAAGCAAUAGAUCGGGACUUAAAAGACGACUUACAAAGCACUCUGACUUGGUGUCUAUGUUGUCAUUACCCGAUGCCCCACCAGCUGGUCGUACAAAAAGUAUUAGAUCGGCUCGAAGUGUGCGUACGGCUCGAAGCAGCCUAGAGACUGCUACUGAGAUGGAUCUGAUGCGUGAAUUAGCGGGCGACGAAGCUAAGUACAUGAGAGAAUUGAAAACUCUGGUUGAUGGCGUGAUACCAGUUCUCUUAACUUGCGUUCUGUCUAAAUCAGACUCUGCAAUUGCCGCUGGCCUCUUCAAUCCCGACUCUACAGACAUGAACGAAACAUUUCUUACCAAGCCAAUUGUCGAUAUGGGUGUUGCUCUCGAGCGUUUAAAGAGUCUACAUAGACGCAUACCACUCCAAGAUCCAGACGCCCUCAUAGUCUGGCUCCAGCGAGCCCAUCGAACUUACCAAGACUACACUCGUGCGUGGAGAUUAGGCUUUCAGGAUGUUGUUGUCAAUUUAGCACCAGCUUCGCGCAAAUCGUCUGCUGAAGAGAAAGAAUCACCUCUUGACAGUGUCCCGCGCAAUGCUGAUGGAGAUAUUGUGAACUCAAAUGGAGAACGUGUUGAUGUCGCUUUUUUGCUCAAGAGGCCACUUGUCAGGAUAAAAUAUCUUGCAAAAACUAACAAAGGUAAAGCGUUGAAAAUAUUUGAGGAUUUGCAAGAAACGGCUCGUCGUCGUGUUAAAGAAGAACACGCUAGACUCGAAGAUCUAUAUGCAAACAAUACUGAUGCGACUCGAGCCCGCAAUCCGCAGACGCUUGCUCCAGUUGAAGAUGCUCACAUUGACCGUACUAGACAAGUCUCGGCUAAAGAUUUCUUUGAUCUCGACUUUCCUCAUUCUAACGGCCAACGAAUUGAGUGUCGUGUAGAAUUGAUACUCCGGGAUAAUCUUUCAGACGAAAUUGACCCUGGAGAUGUUCUGAUCUGUGCAUCAGAAAUCACACCAGAAGCCACGCAUCGUUACUUGCUAUUUCCACCAAUCGAUAGAGAUUUCAUAUCCGCUUGCGCUGGUGAGAAGCCUGAUGAGCUAAUAAUCAUGAUCCGUGGGAUACAAAAACCUAUAGAAUGGCGAGAGAGUUUACUUCUGAAAGGUGCUGAGCCUGAGACUGCUGCCGAGUGGAUAGAAAUGUUAGGGUCUAUCCCAAUGCCUCAACCAGUCUUGAGCUCGAUACCAGACAACGCAGAUACAGUAUCAAUGAUGUCUAUGGAUCCGUCAGAAAUAAGCGAGGCCGGCGAUCCUGAUGAUAACGAGCUGCCAAUUGGUGCUCGUCGAAGAAGAAGAAAGCACCAUUCAAAAGAAAGACCGCGAUCUUCAACCUUCUCUACUAUGUCAUCUGUAGAAAUUCCAGCCCCCCUAAAGAUAGACCGAAAAGAAACAUCAUCCCCGCCACGGAGACAUCGAGAUGUUUCUCAUGAUGAAAUUACUGGUCAACCAUCUAGAAGACAUUCUAAAUCUUCAAGGUACCAUUCUCACACUCGUACUCGAUCUACGCCAAGUUCACCUCUGUCAAGCCAACUUGUUCUUAACGAUUCGGAUGAAGAAAGCAGAGAUAAUGAUGAUUUUGAGGAAUCUGAGAGUCGUGCAUCUACACCAGGCAGAACAUCUCGCCGACCCCUCACACCCUCUGAAGAAUUACCUCAAUACCUAAAGUUCGCAAAACAAGCUCUGCUGCCUCAAUCGAUAGCGAAUCCACUACAAAAGAUUGCAUUCGCCGUACCUCAGGAAGAGAGUGCUCCACCACCACCGCCAGCUCAUCGUUCAAUGUCUCCUAGUGGUCUCAAACAACCAAUAAUCAUUGAGCCUCCAGCGCCAAGAUCAAGGUCUCGACGUACUUCCUCUCCACUGAAACAUGAAUACCGACCUUCUGAUAUAUCUGAUAUAUCGGAGAGAUCAGAGAGAUCUGAGGUUUCUGUUUCCGAGGUUUCUGAAAUGUCAUGUUCAUCAUCUGAAGAAUCCGACACGGAACAAGAAGAGUCAUCAUCUAGUUCGGAUGAAGAUGAACUAGAUGAGCUCGACGAACUUGAAGCUGCUGAUCUUCCCGAAGCUGAACCUGCUCCAACCAUAUAUGGCAGACGUGCCAUUUCACCUACAACCUCUCUGUACAGUCUGCCUAAUGUUACUUUGCCACCUGUGAAUUCUACGCCUCGAAUUCCAAUCGUACCAAAGGUCGACAAUUCAGAUAUUAGAAGGCACGUUGCUACUGUUACAACCUGGAACAAUGCCAAGGGUCGUUGGGACGAUGUUCAUUCGAAAUCUUGUUCCAUUAUCAUUCGUCCAGGAUUAAUCGAAGUACAUGAAAUGUCCUCCAGGCAUUCCUCCCCUGCAGUUCUUUCAACCAUUCAAGAGUCCGUUGUAGGAGGUCCAGAAGAUACAAGCUCGAACGAGGACAAGCGACCAUUACUUGGUCAGGUACUCACACCUGUUGUGACACUCAGGCAAAGUAAUUCACUCGAUAUUGAAAUCCAUUCUCCCCCAACAAGUGAUUCUCGAGUCAAAUGCAGCCCUACCAUCCGAUAUCACAGUCUACACAACCGUGCAUGCGUUGAUCUGUACAACUCAAUUCAUCAGGCUCGCAUGAACAACCCAACAUAUAAGAAGCUAGAAGAAGAACGACUACUCAAUUCCUAUGGUGGUGCAACUUACGAAACUGCGGUUGCCAGUAAAAAACGAAGCUUCUUGAGCUUUGGACGAAAGAAGAGCUAUCGUGCAUCAACACGCGCACCAUCCGUUGUCAACUCUGAGCAAAGUAGCUCUCCGUCUAUUUCUCGUCUUUCCGAAUCCUUUAAAAGAUUAACAGGAAGUUCCUUUUUUAAUAUUGCAAAGUCUUCCAUCGAAUCAGGACGUGGAUCUAGUCCAUCAAGUCUGUACACUAGUUCCUCCGGUCUUGCUCCACCUCAAACACCCCAUCCUGCAAGUUUGGCAGGUACUUCGACAUCAUAUGGUGGUGUGAAUCUUACCUCUGAGAAUAUCAAAAUCCGCCUGUAUUACCUAGAAACAAGAUCCAAGUGGCGGGAUUGCGGGAAUGCAAGAUUAACUGUUACAGCACCACCACCUGGUAUGCGUCAAGCUUGUGCUGUAGACCAGGGUAUUGAACGCCGUAUUCUCGUUACUAGAAAACCCAUGAAAGCUGAGGACCCAGAUGAAAAGGUGGAGGUGCUGUUAGACGUUGUGCUAGGUGCUAAUUGCUUUAGCAUGAUCGGCAAUAAGGGAGUCACGUGUAAUGUAUGGGAGGAUGUUGUGGGACCUAAUGGCGAGGUAGGAAUGGUAGGACCUAUAGGGAGAGUGAGUGGGAGGACGAGGAAGUGGUGUCUGCAGGCGGGAAGUGUACCUGAGGCAAGCUGGAUAUAUAGUUUGGUUGGCGUGGGGAGAUGA